CUCCUCCGCAGCAGACUGUCCGGACACAAUCCGCGUUCCUUUAAAAACCUUCGACGUUCCCCCAACUCUCUGCAGGGGUUUCUGCACUCCUCUUUUUACAGUGUCCCUGUCUCCAGAGUCCCAACCAGCAGUGCGCUCUUUAGCUCGCCGGCUUUUUGCGCACGGACGCGUCUCCAAAUUCCGCCACUGGUCUUUGCUGCGCUCCUUCCACUCAGCUGAGCAGUCCCGACCGUCAACUACAGCCAGAGGUUUCCUUCUUUUUUUGCUCUCUCCAUUACUUAUUUGUUGUUUUACUGAAGAGCAGCGGGGUUUUGGCUCAUGGGUAUUUAGUGUCGUGACAUGCUUUCAGGACCCGGCGCCUUCACAGAGAAAUGGGACUUUCUGCAUUUAUGGUCACAUGAAUGUCAGCGCUGCAGGCCAGAUGCCGGUGAUGGAGGAGCUUGUCAGUGAGAGUGACAGCAUGCCAAAGCGGAUGGCACUCAUCUGCUUCCUGUCUCUGGUCAUGCUGAUGAGCGUCUUGGGAAACCUGCUGGUUAUGGUGGCCGUCUGCAAAGACAGACAACUCAGGAAAAUCAAGACCAACUAUUUCAUUGUGUCUCUGGCAUUUGCUGAUUUGCUUGUGUCAGUGUUGGUGAUGCCGUUUGGUGCCAUCGAGCUGGUCCACCAGCACUGGAUUUACGGCGAGACGUUCUGUCUGGUUCGGACGUCGUUGGACGUUCUUCUGACAACCGCGUCUAUACUCCACUUGUGUUGCAUCGCUCUAGAUAGGUACUACGCUAUCUGCUGCCAGCCACUGGUCUACCGGAACAAAAUGACGCCCAUGCGAGUGGCUUUAAUGAUCGGUGGCUGCUGGGUCAUUCCCACCUUCAUCUCUUUCCUGCCCAUUAUGCAGGGCUGGAACAGCAUCGGUAUCGACCACCUGAUUGAGGAGAGGCGCCACAAUGGAAGCAGCAACUCCACUUCUUGUGUUUUUAUGGUCAACAAGCCAUACGCCCUCACCUGCUCUUUGGUGGCCUUCUACAUCCCUCUGGUCCUCAUGGUGCUGGCUUACCAGAGGAUCUACAUCACGGCUCGCGCACACGCCCUGCAGAUCAGCAUGUUACAGCGGGCAGGCGGGGCUGGGGCCUGCACUCCUGGAACCUCCGGUGCAAGCCCAGGAGUGGGUGCAACAUCAGAGUCUGCUGACCAUCAACGCAACCACCGUAUGCGAACAGAAACAAAAGCAGCAAAGACUCUAUGCAUCAUUAUGGGAUGUUUCUGCCUCUGUUGGGCACCAUUCUUUGUCACGAAUGUGGUGGACCCAUUUAUAGGCUAUACAGUGCCCGAACAGCUGUGGACCGCCUGCCUGUGGCUGGGUUACAUAAACUCCAUGCUCAACCCCAUUCUCUACGCCUUCCUCAACAAAUCCUUCCGCCGUGCCUUCCUCAUCAUCCUAUGUUGUGGGAGGAAGAGGUAUCGCAGGUCAUCCAUCAUGGCAACAGGCACGACCUGCACAGCCACGCAGAUCAACGGUUCAACACAUGUACUCAAUGGCUGCUCCUCUGCCUCCAAGCUGUUGCUCUGGUUCUGCAACACCAGACCAGUGCCUGUCUAGCUGCUGUAUUUCUAGGGAACCUCAAGGUUCUGUCAAAUAUUCUGUUCUUCACAACGGAAAUCACAAAGAGCAGAAUAAGAAGCCUCUGCACACAAACAUCGGCUCCCGCGAGUCCUGCUUGUGACGAACAGAGAACCCACAGUCGCAACUCCAACAGCCUUGGCUCUCAAAGUGUCAAUGCAGUCCUGAAAGGAACGCAGCAGCCUUCGCACACCCAGAGUGGGAUGGCAACUCGGAUCACAGGAAGGACUGUAGGGAUCCAGAGAAUGAGUGAGACACUGCCACUGAAUUUACAGCUCAGUCAAAACUUAACCUAAGUUUCUCUGGGGUCUCUUCGUGUGCAGGGUGCUUGAAACCAGCUUAACAUUUCUCUAAUGCUGGGUAAUGUGUUAGUGUUCUCGUCUGCAGAACUGCAGAGCCUGAGCUGGCCCAGUCACACUCUGUGUUCAUCUUGUAAUGUGCAGAACCAGCAGCUGUGGUGUAGAGUGUGGGAGAAACUUACUGUGCUGGAGAGUUGUAGAGGUGAACUUCAUUGCCAAAGUGAUUUUCAUACACAUACAUUGGACUUGUAUCUGAUUAUUUUAUGAUGCUCUCUGUUGUUUUCUAGUGACAGAAAAACUUUACUUUAGAUUUUUAAAGGUUGUUCUUUGGUAUUUGACCAGGUAGGUUGGGAGAAAUGAGCUCCAGAAGCAAGAAGAGAUAAGCCCAGAACAUUUUUUUGUCCUUGUUGAACAUCACUUAGAUAUCACGUGUGUUUUCUUUUCCGGGAAUAAAACAGAUUUUCUCAGAGGUCAAAGCUUCCUAGCUCUGUUGAAUCCUCCCCAAGAUAAAAGGAAAACAGGGUUUCCAAGGCUGAAUUAAAUCCUUGAUCUAAACUGUCCAAGUGCAUUAUCAUAAAGACCGCUAGCACUCCUGAGUUUAUUACUCCCCACGCUCAUCUGAAUGUUUUAUGUUUCACUGCAAAAAGUUAAGAGGACCUUGACCUAUUGAAGCUGCUCAUGAAUGAUUCAACAGAUUUCUGAACGAUGUUAGAGCACUGUGUGCUUGUUCUUUUUAUGUGAUUACAUUUCUAGUUUUUUUUUUGUUUUUGUUUUUUUGUUUGCUGCUUUGUGCAUCUCUUGAGAUGCUUUUAAGUAGAUUUCUGGUGUGUGCAUACACCUCCUAUAAUGUGAUUCAUGUGUAUGUAUGGGAUUUGUUUUUUUGUUUUUUUCAUUGUCCAACAUUGCUUUGCUCCUUCUAGAUACACCAUGUACUCCCCUGGAUCUGUGCUCACCUUGGAGGUUCAGAUGAAGAAUGUACUGGAGGACUUUCAGUGUGUUUUA